GCUCUAUGCGCCUCUGCGGGCGCCGCGGACCCGGGCCAUGGCGAUAGACCGGCGGCGCGAGGCGGCGGGCGGCGUCCCUGGGCGGCUGCCGCCCGCGGCCGAGGAGAACGGCGCCCUGCCGCCCGGGGACGCGGCGGCCUCGGCGCCCCUCGGGGGACGCGCGGGCCCGGGCGGCGGCGGCGACAUCCAGCCGCUGCCCGCCCCGCACGCCGCCGGCGGCCCGCACCCGAGCCUCCUGUUGCUGGACUACGACGGGUCGGUGCUGCCCUUCCUCGGGGGCCUGGGCGGCGGCUUCCAGAAGACCCUGGUGCUGCUCACCUGGGUGCCGGCGCUCUUCAUCGGCUUCAGCCAGUUCUCGGACUCCUUCCUCUUGGACCAGCCCAACUUCUGGUGCCGCGGCGACGGCAAGGGCGCCGAGCCCGCGGGGGUCACGGCCACGGCCCGGGGGCGCGGCGGCGACCUGGCCGACUGGACCAGCCCCCCGACCACCCCCUUCUCCACCGCCGCCUGGGGGACGGCGGGCCCCCUCGGCAACGGCAGCGGCGCGGAAGGGGGCGACGCGCUGCCGCUGCCGUCCCCUCCGGACAAGGGGGACAACGCCUCCAACUGCGACUGCCACGCGUGGGACUACGGCCUCCGCACAGGCCUGGUACAAAACGUGGUCAGCAAGGUAAGGGCCGCGACCGCCCCGCCCGCGUCCGGCUCCCGAGCGUUGGGCCCUCCGCGUUGCUCGCGCCCUUCCCCGCGCCCUCGUGCAGACCCGGGUCCCCGCAGUGCAGCCGGCGUGUUCCUGCCCCUCAGCACAGCCGGGGGCCGCCUGGUGCAGAACGUGGCAGACGUGGAUCUGUGCAGGACGAGGCCUGUGCGUCUGCCGCUCGCAGCCGGCGUGGCCCACCUCCAGCUCCUGGAGUUACUUGGCCUCCUGGACCCCAAUUUCCGAGGUGGAGAUGCCGCUGAAUGC